GGACUAAAGACGGUGGGAGGCAAUCUCGUUCCGACCGUUACCUUACGUAACAAAUGAAACAAGUGGCCAGAAGACGAAUGAAGUUCAGAGAAUCGUUUACGGCGGUCGACAGCAAAUCAACAGGUUCACUUCCAAUAGUCUUUACAACAACUAGCUAGGCUUUGUUGACCUUUACAAAGCAUUGGAAAGCAAUAUGUUCAAGAAAUUUAACCCCAAGGAAGAUGUCUCUUCCUCUACUUCCCUCAAGUCUUCUGUCCAGCGUAAUAUUAGAUCAUCCAUUCUCUCACAAAUAACAUACUUGUCUCUCCCAGCUUGGAAGGAUCAGUCUGCCGCUACAGAGGCUUCCAUAGAACACGCCGAGCCUGCGGCUGAGGAAAAGGAGAAAGAGGAACCAACUUCUGGGAAGGGCAAAGGUGGGAAGAAAGGCGGCAAGGGAAAGGGGGGGAAGGGAAAAGGAAAGGAUAAGGAAGAAAAGGAGGAAAAGGAAGAUGACGGUGAGGGUGCGGGUGUCGAGAGUGUGCUUGACGAGUUUUGGCCGAAGAAGGAAGCUCUAGGAUUGACUAAAUGCCACGAUCGAAUAUCAAUCUUCACCAUCCACUCAGUGCCCAUCUUCUUCCAGCACUUCGAUGGCCCUUUUAUCCCGACUUUAAAGCUUUUACAUAAGUAUCCUGACAUGCUUCCUCGUGUUCAAAUCGAUCGAGGGGCGAUCAAGUUUCUUCUAGCUGGUGCGAACAUGAUGGCCCCUGGUCUCUUGUCUGCGGGGGGUAAACUGCCUGACGGUCUGGGAAAGGAUACUAUUGUCGCCAUCCAAGCUGAAGGUAAGCAGCACGCAUGUGGUAUUGGUAAGCUUGUGGCGUCAAGUGCCGAUAUCAAGAAGGCUGGUAAGGGCGUAGCUGUUGAGACCAUUUGCUGGAUUGGCGAUGAUCUCUGGAAAGUAGAUACCAUCGGCCUCUAGAUGAUCAGUGGAAUGGUCACAUGGAUUCUGCUUUGCGUUCUAGUGGUCGGCCGCAUGAUCAAAGCGAUCUCCCUUUUCGCACGAUUGUGUUUCCAGUUCAGACUAGUUUAGUGUGUUGCCAUUUCAUGUAUCUAAAUUUGCCCAGACUUUUG